CUAGCUGUACAGCUAACUCGCUACGAGCUAACUGGUGUAUAUAAGAGGCUCUCCCACUCUGUGUUCAGGAAUUUACUGACUCGAUGAAAUCGCUUUAAUUUUUUAAGGACAGGGUGUGUUAUUGCCGUGUGUGGCAUUUUGAUAUGAAAUGUCAGACUGUGGAGAAGAAAUGAUGUAGUUAUUACAUGUUACUGGAGUGAACAUAACCUGAUGACUCCCCCCGCCGGAUCAGUGAGUUGGUUUCGUCCGUGUGAUGGGCGGGGCACUGAUGCAGCUCAGCCUGAAUCAGCUGCAGCGUCUUGCUGAAGUAGCCCGACGCAAAAAUAGAUUCGUUUAUUGAGUCUAGCUUAUGGAAACGGACCUCUGCAGAAAUGUGCGCGAACGUCUUCGGCAUGUUGAAAAGCCUGUUUGGGAAGCCCUUUGAUGGUGGGAAGAGGACAAUGGAUCAUGGCAACCAACAACAGCAGCAACCACAGACCCAGUACAUGGCAGGGCCAUUCCAGGCAUACAUGGGCCCUCAGGGUCCAUACCCUGGGCCCCACCCUACCCUGUUGCGCCUGGAUGAGCUGCAGAAGGAAGUAGUGGCAUUAGGACAGCAAGUGUGUUCAUUCAGCGGCCUGCAGAGCGAUAGAGAGUACAAACGACUUGAGCGGGAGUUGACGCGACUCCAGCUGGAGGUGGAUCAGGUGGAGACGGAGGGACGGCUGGAGCUGCAGCAGGCUCGGAAGCGGGCAGCCGGGGAAGUCGAGGGGUUGUUGCGCUACCUGGAGGGUAAUGCUACUCAUCCAUCUCGAAUAGCUAUAGAGGAGCUGAGUCAGGAGGCCCAGAGGCUCCUGCUGGCAGGAGUGGUGGCUCCAUUUCGACAAGGACAGGCUCAGGAUGCAGCGGAGACUGGUGAGGACCUUGUGGAGGCUGUGCAGGAUGUGGCAAUGCGCCUGGCCCAGAUCAAGACAGGUGGAAGCGUGCCGCUCCGGAAAGCCCGUUACCGCGCUCUAACCCGCGUCUGUGCUGUACAGGAUGUGCUGGAGGGUCGCGUUCGCACGCACACACUUGCCCUGCCCCUGUCUGAUGAGACCCAUGAGGCCGUGCAGCACAUCAAUCACGUGAUGGUGCAGGUGAGUGGCGCCCGCUGCCAACUGAUUGCUCUUCUGAUGGGGUUGAGUGGGCGGGAUAGCUGCGCCCACCUAGCACGUGUCCUCACUGAGCUGUUAGUGGAGCUGGACGCACUGGACGUGUCCAGUAACACAGCAGUCAGAAACUACAGGAAGCAGGUGGUGGAAGAGAUCAAUGGCCUCCUUAAACACCUCGACUUGGAGGGGGAGGGAGAUGACACUCGCAGGUAUGACUUGACACAAAAUGACUCCAUCCGUGAAAUUGAGGCCAUCCGAGGCCGUGUGUCUGUGCUGCGAGGAGAGGUACUGAGACAGAGUGUAGCAAGCCAGGGGGUGGAACUUCAGAGUCUUCUAACUCAUCUGGACCAAGUGGACACCGGACGGAACCCCUGCAUUAGAGAGGCACGGCGAAGGGCUGUGCUGGAGAUCCAGGCAGUUAUUACUUAUCUUGACCUCCGGGAAGCCCUCAACCGCCGGAACCCUGGACCAGAUGAACCUCCAGCUCACGUGGCCGUGUGGCGUGUCCUUGCCAGCCUCUUUGACCUGCAUUUUCAAGUGCUUGGCUUUGAUGGCAAGAGAGCUGACAAGAGCUACAUGGUGCUUGAGGAGUUGCUGACCAAGCAACUUCUGGCUCUGGAUGCUGUAGACCCUCAGGGGGACCAGGGAACAAAAGCAGCCCGCAAACAAGCUGUCAAAUAUGCCCAGAACAUCCUCAGCUACCUGGACAUGAAGACAGAUGAGUGGGAAUACUGAGAAAGUGAAGAGGGGAAAAAAAGCAGAAUCCUGAAAAGAUCCACUUGCACAAAGUGCUUUGAAAAUGUUUUGUGCCUAGUUAACGGCAUGGAGGCAGAGGACUCGCACAAGUCGAUUCUGUAUAUAAUAAAAAAAAAAAAAAAAACUGUCCUGGAUGGUAAAAGUCUUUCCCUAUAUGUACUGCAAUUGCUGCUUUUUAGUUUGUCUGGUUAUUAUCCUCGUCAUUGGGCAGUGGGCCAGUUGUUCCUGAAAACAACAGUUUUGUUCACUAAAUUGUCUGCAAGCAAACCUAUGCAGCGUUUGAGUGUUCUUAUGAUUCAUGAUGUGCUUUAUUUUUUAUUUUUAUUUUUUUGUGCUUACAGAUGCAUCCUUUUUCAUAGUUUACUUUGUGCUCGAUGUAUUAUGGAGCUAAAACCUGUUUUGCUGCCAAAAACUUGCUUCCCAGUCGGCCACUUGUCUAUAAGGAGCAUGUCAGGAGGAAGUUCAUCUGCAGUCUUUACUUUGUUUAGUUGCAACACAAGACUCUCUUCCUGCCUACACAAUAACUUUUCUCUCAUUAGUAUGGGAAUGAUUAACCAACAUGUCAGAGACAAAUAUUUAACAAAAAAUUAUGAUGCCGUCUGAGGUCUGUAGAUUGGCUGGUCUGAAUAAUAGAAAUCUUGUGAUUUCUAAAUCUUGUCACCAUAGAAAUGUCUGGUCACAAGAUUUAGUCCCAGGAUUUAGAAUUUUCACCCAAAUAUUUAAGAAAAGCAUUUUCUUGGGUUACAAAUGAUUUAAUUUGUUUUGUGAGGGCCUUUUUGACAAAAGUCAUACAUUUAUCUAUAAAUACCAGCAUCUGGGAGGUGUUCUGUUUCAAGAGUGGUAUGGUAGUGAGACACAGUGCCUGAAGAUGAUCAGAAAGAGAUUAUCUUGAGAAAAUCAAAUCAAGUUACAAGUUGUAUACCAUCUAAUGAAAUUGCAGCAUGAUGUUGAUUAAAGUAGACGGGGAAUUCUAAAAUAUUCCACAUAGAUGAGCGUGACAAGCUGUCAAAAUAGCACCUAAAAACUGUUCAGCCCCUUCCUCUUUUCUCAAAUGAUCAGGGUUGUCAUGGUUGCAAACAUUAGGGCUUUGUCCCCUUCUCCUGAUAAGUUCAUAAGAACAUUUCCCUUUGACUAUGCAGCGAGUCAUUCUGCAUGAUCAGAUGAACUCAUCAGCUUUUUUUUUUAAAGAUAUUUUUGGGGGCUUUUUUUCACCUUUAUUGGAUAGGACAGUGUAGAGACAGGACAGGAAAUGAGCGAGAGAGAGACACAGGGAGGGAUCGGGAAAUGACCUCGGGUCGGAAUCGAACCCGGGUCCCCGGAUUUAUGGUAUGGCGCCUUAGCCACCUGAGCCAUGAUGCCCCCUGAACUCAUCAGCUUUGACUGACUAACCUGAUUCUCAUCAACCCACUCAUCCAACAGUCCAUCACUUUUUCUCACUUUUUUUUCUCCUUCAACUUAAACAUUCCCUAUUGCCUCAGCUGAGUCUGUCAGAGCUUGUUCUUUUGUUUGCUGGUCAUGAAAACCUUUGCUUCAUGUGUUUAAAAAACAAAACUUGUGGUUUAAAAAAUUGUGCUCACACCUUUUGAAGCACUUGGCUGUCUUUACAUUUCAGUUUGUUGCAAUUACUGGUUAUGAGAGAAGACCAAUAUCAGAAAGUAUAAGAAAAUGGGGUCAUUUUGGAGUAUACCUGAAAUAACUCUAAAUUCAACGGAGGAUGUGAUGCAAUAAAAUACUAGUAUGAAGGGCAGAAAAUUGGGACAGGGAAAUGAAGCUGUGAAAUACACAGUGCAUUGAAAGGAGGAGGUAAAGCAAAAGCCAGAUGUGGUAACUGCCUCGGGGUUUGUUGUGGUCUCGUAGUCUGAUUCUGUCAUCGGCACAUUCUGUUUUCAUAGGGUGUUGUCUGAGUUUGUUAUGGCCACUGUGUCAGUCAACCUGAAAAAGUCGUAACCCAGACAAAGCCAAAUACAAAACUAAGUACAGACUGAAAAUCCAAUCAAAAUGCUUCAUAUUUGUGCACUUAACUUCUGUCUGGACAGCUAUGACAAGGCACAUAAACCCUCUCAAAUUUGCACAUUAUAUCCAGUUUAGUGGUUCUGCCAGACCCACACAGUGGUCACAUAUAAAUGUACUAUAAUUUUCCAGUGCCGGCAAGUGUGAAAGUGGUUUGAGUUCAAUAUGUAUAAAAGUUGCAUUGUUUUUCCAACACAAGUCACAUUUCAAAUUAACCCAGAGUGUGUUUGACAAAAUUAGACAUGGCUUGAGACCCCUUUUGGUUUUGAGAAGAAUUCAAAAUGGUUUUGUUUCUCAACAGAUCCAUGCAUGGUCCCUUUUUCUGUUUGUCACAUCAGUGAAGCUGUUUCCAUGGUAACAAAAUGUGUGGUUUUGCCUAAAAAAAAAUACAAUAUACAGUGUAUACAACAUGUUUGGAUUUGUGAGAGGGAAUGUUGAUAUUUUGAGUGUUAUAUAGGAGAGUAAUUCAUGUUUCAGGCCUAGUUAGAGUAAUGGCACUCUGCUCUAGGUGAACAUUUGAUUUAAAGUCAUUUGCUUCUAAAUACUCAAAUUUUCAAUUCGACGGUUUAAUUUCAGAAGCACUUUCCAUAUGAAUUUCUGUAGUGUGUUGGAUACAAAGCAGCUCUGAAUUCUCCAAUUUAGUACUGGAGACUGAUGCCUGAUCUGGUGCUAAUACACUCCAAUGGUUCACUUGUGACCUGUACUAUAGAAUACUACUUGUUAGAACAAUGUGAUGUAGGCUGGUACACAGUGACAGCUGUUUGUUUGUCUACUAAAAUUAGAUGUAAUUGGUGGAUGGAUGCAGAUGAAUUGAUAGAAAUUCCAAAUGAUUGGUGGCUACUGUAGAUGACUGUAGAGCUACAUCUCAAAGUAUGUAAUUAGCUAUAAAGCAUGGUGGGUUUUAGUUUCAUCCCAUGCUCUUUCCUCUCUAGUGCCAAAACUCAGUCUUUAUGCUUGUAGCAUAUCUCACAAACCACAAAGAAUAUCAGCUGCAUAGAUAUAGAAUGUAACAAGGAAUGUCCUAUUUCUAUGGCAUACCAAAGGUUAUUGUGAGCUUCCCUGUUCCUAACCUUACCUAAUGAUCAAGGCUAAUUCUGGUAUUAAAGAAAGACAAAUAAAAGAGAAGGGAAAUUUGCUAGUAGUAGUAUUAUUUUGCUUCUCAGACCACUUGUUUAUGUGGUCAGGUUUACAGAAUACUUUUCUCAAUGUUACAUACAAUUUCAGAUGUUGUUGAUUGUGUGAGGCUGGUUUCGUGUGCUGUCUGGAGUAUGCUUGGACAGAAAAAGCACACAGUUUUGAACAGCUGUAUGAAUGUGUUGAUUAUUUGGAGUAUUUACAUUUUAUUUAUCUCUAUAGGGAACAUGAUAAAUAAAAAGUGAAUAAAAAUCC